UAAUGGCGGUGGUGGUGGUGUGCUUCGUCGCGGCCGUCUCCCUGUGCUGCGUCCGCUUGUGGGAUUGCGGUGGCAGUGGCUGCAGCGGGUGCACUGUGGCGCUCCGUUCAGAUUUUUGGAGACGAACAACAGCAUCUUCCGCUAAUCAGGUGAGCUCGAGGGCCAGCAGGCAAUGGCGGCCACGGCGGCGGCUGCUGUCGAGGACGGAAGGGCCGGGGUCGUACCCGCCGCGGUGCGCGUCCAAGUGCGGCAGCUGCAGCCCGUGCUACCCGGUGCACGUGGCCGUGCCGCCGGGCGUGCCGGUCACCACCGAGUACUACCCGGAGGCGUGGCGGUGCCGGUGCGGCAACCGCCUCUACAUGCCAUGA